UGAAAAAGAAUUUCAAGAGAAAAUUUCACGAUUCGUGUUUAAAAGAUCACAAGCAAUUGGUGUCAUUAUAUUCAAUAUUAUGGGAGAAAUAUUGAAGAAUCGCAAUCCGGAACUGUACUACAUUUACCGUUACCCGCUUCAAUAGACUUGACUAGAAUAUGGCUAUAUUUAGAUAUUACAAAAUAGUUUUUAAAAGAACGUUUCUUUCCAAAAGGUCGUAGAAACUGUAGCCUACUGGUAAUCGUAACAACGAAAAGGUUUUUAACCAUUCUUUAAAAUCAUAAAAUCCUUGUUCUUAAGGUAUCCAUAAGUGUGCGUCCUGCAGCUGCCUUUUCUGUGCAAAUUAUUCCAUAGCGACGUCUUAACUAAAGAAACUGUUCCAAACGUGCAACUCAACUGGCGACGAUGUUCCGACAUUCUUCUAUAUUAUGUGAGCCAAUUAAGGAAAGGCAAGAACAAAUUAUAGAAGCAAUAAAAGAGAACAAUUUGUUAGCACUAGAAAAAUUAAUCUGCCAGGAUAAAGUGUCUCCUAACUUCUACAUCAAUGAUACAACCCCUAUAUGCACAGCAGCAACUGAAGGAAACGAGGCAGUCCUAGCUCUUCUUCUAUGUGGUCAUUGUGUGCUCGACACCCCAGACGUGCGGGAUGACGUAUGGAAAAGAAAGCCAAUACACAUUGCAGCAUCUAGAGGACAUGGUGCAUUUCUAAAGCUACUUCUUGAACAUUUCAAAGAUGUCAAUGUUAAAGACGGUGAUGGCCGCACUGCUCUGCACUGGGCAGCUAUAUUUGGAUAUGAUGAUGUUACCGAAAUAUUGUUAAAGGCAGGUGCCAAUGUGAAUGGUGCUCAGCGCGAUGGCUUUACCCCUCUCUAUGCUGCGACUUGUUUUGGACACAUUGAAGUUUGUCGUGCUUUGCUAAAAUAUCGAGCAGAUGCGAUGUUGUGUGAUGAAAAAGGAUGGAAUAUUAUACACACAGCAGCUGAUUAUGGGCAUUUGCAGAUCUUGAAACUGUUGUCGCUCUCAGGACCUUGUUUAUCUUGCAGAACAGUAGCUGGAGAGAAUGCCUUGCACAUUGCAACAAGUGGUGGUCAUCUCCAUAUUGUCAAGCACCUUGUACAGAAUGACAUUCCAUUAAACACGCAGACAAAAGAGGGUUAUACAGCUCUCCAUCUCAGUGUAAAAUUCAACAGAACAUCUGUCUGUAAAUUCUUACUGCAGGCAGGAGCCAAUAUGUAUAUUCUCAACAAUGAAGGACAGAGUAUAUGUUAUUUAAUUGCACUCAGGAUGGAUCCAACAUUUAUAAAAUUGCUUGUGGAUGCUGGCUACAGUUUUGGUAGAGAAAAUUGGAUUCUUAGAAAUUCAUUCCCAGCUACAUGUACUCACAAUAAAAGCGAGGGCAUCAAAAAUUAUAUGAGGAACAUAGCACAGAGUCCACUAACGUUAUUCCAUCUCUGUCAGUUUAAAACUGCUCGCUUGCUUGGCUGGAACUUUGAAACUCUUGCAGAUUCGUUACCUCUUCCGACAUACUUAAAACAAGUUAUCAAACAAACUGGACCAUAGCUGAAGGAUGUCAUCAUCAUCAUCAUCAUCAUCUAUUUUGAUUAUCCAGGCCAAAUAUUUCUUUUUGUUAGGGUGAAGCUUUGCCGUCCUGUCGAGGGUGAAGUUUAUUUUUCCAUACUUGUCGAUCCAGUGGAUUUAUCGAAUCCACUCCUGUAGACUCUAGCUCUCGUUUUACUAACUCAUCUCCUGUAAAUCAAUAAAAUAAAUUUAUUGAGUAGACUU